UAGGUUAGCCAUGAUGAGUUGUGUGAGUUUGUUGAACGCCUCUUACCAUUGCUUCGACGCGGGACCACGGAUAUUGCAGUGAUGGGGUUUGUACCGCAAUGUGAAAAUGUGAAGUCCGCUAAGUUGGAUGUCAUGAUUGGAUUCGAAACAGGAUUGAGGUUGUUGCGCAACAGUCCCGAGUUCUGUGAAUGUAUCAUUGGUGGUGCACCUAGUGCUUGCUGUAGAUUAUUCAGAGGAUGGUCUACUGAAACAAAGUUAUAUGAGAGUUCCAAAGGCUAUGCAAAAAAAAAUAAUGCGACUUGCUUACAUAUGGAGCUGUUGCGAAUAAUAUUGACAAGUGCCUCGCGCUGUUCCGCAGUCAGAGUCUUCAAAGUUUCGAUGUCGGUCAUGGUCGUAUCCCCUGGUUUAGCCUGUGAAGAUCGGUUGAACACGGGUCUGAAGGACGUGCAGGUAGUCUUUACAUCAGGUCCAUCACCAGCCUCGAAUGCAUGAGCCCGAGCAGCUGUGCUACCGCGAUUAGCAGCCUGUCGUUGA